CUACACAUUCAUUUAGACACAAUUGGCUCAGAGAUAUUAUUUUUCAGAUGUGAUGUCUACAGAUGUUAAAUGGUAAAUCAUUUCUGCUAUUGUGGAAAUGUUCUUCACAAAUUGCGAGUGUUGGGAGUGUACCUUGGUGCAAAUAAGUGACGUGCAUGUGCUCGUUCGGCUGUGCGAUGACUCUUGGGUGUUUCGUGACAUUUAAUUGAAGGAGACUACAAUUAAAUUUAAUACGAAGUACUACUAUGUAGAAAACAUAAAUCUUGUUGUUCGGUGACAGUUACUCGUUUUCCACGCCUAUCCACGAAGAAAGUGUCCACUGCCGACAGUAUUAAUGGAAAUGAACAUUUUGGAAAAUGUCAAAAGGAAAACUACGAACUAUCACCGACGUCUGUGCAGACUGCGGUUCACAAGACCCUGCUUGGGCAUCGGUGAAUAGAUGUGUUGUCCUCUGCGAUGACUGUUGCUCUGUACAUCGGAGUCUGGGGCGACAUGUAUCACAAAUAAAGUCCCUUCGGCGCAGUGUGUGGAGUGCUUCACAGCUUCUGUUAUUGCAGUCACUGAACAGCCACGCUGUUAACAGUGUAUGGGAGCAUGCACUGCUGGAACCUGGGCGACUGGCUAGUCACCGCAAACCGCAUCCAAGAGACCCAUUGCAUCCAAAGAAAACUGACUUCAUCCGAGCAAAAUAUCUGCAUCUUGCAUUCGUAUUUAGACCAGGGAAAGAUGAACCUCCCCUUCAGGAAGAUGAUUUAAGCCAGCAGCUGCAUUCCAGCGUGCGGACUGCCAAUUUGGAGACUAGCCUUCGCCUUUUAUCACAGGGGGCAGAUCCUUGUUACUUCCAUCAGGAGAAGGGUACAACUCCUCUUCAUGUAGCUGCAAAAGAGGGACAGACCUGCCAGGGAGAGCUGCUUAUUGCGUGGGGAGCUGAUCCUAUGGCUCCAGAUGCACAUGAACAGACACCAGUUGACUAUGCAAGGGCAGCAGGUCACAGAGAUCUGGCAGAGAGGCUAGUGGAGUGCGCAUAUGAACUGACAGACCGUUUGGCUUACUACUUGUGCUCUCGUCGACCUGACCAUGUGGCUGGUCAGCACUACAUCAUACCUGAGAUGGCGGAUCCACUUGAGCUCUCAGAACUGUCAAAAGUUGCCCGCAAAAAGCUGCAGCAGCUGCCAAACCAUGUAUUUGAAGAGUUAGCAAUGGAUGUGUAUGAUGAAGUUGAUAGAAGAGAAAUAGAUAUGAUUUGGCUAUCAUCUCAUCGAGGCAGUAAUGCGACAGUGCCUGCUGAUUGGUGUUCUGUGGUUCCUUUCCUCCCAGUGAAUCCAGAAUACUCAGCGACACGUAAUCAGGGUCGUCAGAAGUUAGCCCGAUUUAGUGCCCGUGAAUUUGCUACGCUUAUAAUAGAUAUAUUAGCCGAUGCACGUCGACGGCAGAAUAGCACUGCCACAACGUCUUCACUUGUGAUUUCACAAGAAGCUGUAGGGGGUAACAAAUAUCAGCACCGGCAGCAUCCCAUGGAAGCAUCAAAAUCAUCAGUAAUGUCAUCAUCCAGGCAUCCAAUUCUGUCUGCUAUUGCAGGAACAAAACAUCGCUCUGAGGUGUCUGAUGAUGAACCAUUAUAUGAUAGUGUUGCAUCAGAUGAAGACUAUGUAGGAACAGAUCAACUGAAAUUGCUCCCUCAGCAAGCACAGUCCGUGAAUGAAUCACAGAAACCACAGGAGAAGAGGCAAGAAGAGAAAAGCAGUUCUGACAAUGUUGAUUCACCUGUGUCAGAAAUUUCUAAGGACCAAUCUCCUUCAACGUCAGAGGAGAACAGUACUGCAUCUACAAUAGAGCAUACACUUCGUUUGCAGCUUGCUACUUCAGAAGCAAGAAUGGAUGAACUCAGAUUGCAACUGAACAUUCUACAAUCCACGGUCAGCAGCUUACUUGCUGAAAAUCAGGAACUUCGGCAGUUGCUGCAGUCAGCAGGUCUCAAUAUUCCCACAGUCGCCUCUCCUCAGCCUAAUGGUUAUGAACCUGUUCAAGAUAUGAGGGGUCGCUCUACCAUUCAGCGACCUGCAUCCAUGUAUGAAACACGGGAGGGGAUCAGGAGCGCUGUUUCUAUCAUAAACAAGAAGGAUUCAUCGGGGGACUAUGACUGCCCUUCAGGACCUGUUCGGCCUGCUGUCACCCAAAGUCUGUAUAGCAGUAGCACUGUUGGAGGUGUUAUGCCUGUUAGUGAGGAAGUUAUUAGGCGAACUGACCAAGUAACGAAACGAAUACAGGAGUUGGUUGUGUCAAUGCAAGGAUCUGCUGGUUGUGAUGCUUUUGUGCCUUGUGCUGAAAGAAUAAGAGUUGCUGUUGCAGAACUUACUGCUAUAUUUCCACAGAAUCCUCUUGAUGAGCAUAUCCGUAUACCACUUCGUCAGCUGAAUGGCAACACAGCUCGCCUACAGACAAUUUGUGCUAACCUGCAGAGAUGCACUGGAGAGACAGAUCGGUCAUAUUAUCUUCAACAAGUACGUUCCUGUGCAUAUGACAUAGCAAAAGCAACAAAGCAGUUAGUGACAUACACUCCACAGUGAUUAGUCUGUUGAUAAGUGAUAAGGUGAUAUAUUUCUGCAUUUUAUUUUUGUUUCUAUGAAAAUACAAGGUACACUUUAAAUUUGUAGCUCUGUAAGAAGCAGGUGAAAUAUUCCAGCAGUGAAAAAUCAGUGGAAGAAAAAAAACCAACUAUACAGAUGGCACAUACUGAUGACUGCUGAUAGGGAUGGCACAUAUUGAUGACUGCUGAGAGGGAUAAGUCAUGUUGAAAACGAAAAUAUCAUUAUUCCAGUUUUUAAUGAACUCCACAAUAAUUUCUGCAUGCAGAUAGAAAGUACAGCCUCAUGGCUAGAUGAGUUUUGUUUCUAUGCUUCAGAACCUCCAGUAUAUGAACAAAUACUAAUAUGUAUAUAGAUACUAUCUGAGCAGUGUAGAAUUGCUGCUUUACUGAGUUUGUCUGACUUUGGUUAUGUUAAUCUAUCAUAUGCUGUUGUGUCUGUUUAGUUGAAAAACUUCCAUUGACUUUUUGCCAGUCAGCUUAUUAAUCAGUGAUUGUUUACAAUUCCAAUAAGUGAAUGUUCUGAAAGUUGAAGGCAUAGUGAGGCACGGAAUGAACAUGGAAUCAACAAGCUAUCUUAUUGAAUUACUUGUUGGAUUAACAAGAUAAAAAUUGAGAAUUAUAAAAAUUUAUUUUUGUUUGGUUCUCAAAAUCUUCCAGAGGCACAAAGUAUGAGCAGUUUGGUGCACAGUUGUCAUUGUUACUCAGUCCAUAGAGUUUGUCAUUAGUGUCUGAAUUAUAUAGUCUUCCUCAGUUUUUAUUUAGUAUGAGACAAAAAGUUUCAACGGUAUUGUUGUAAUAGGUGACUAUAUGAAUGUCUACUGUGUUGGUGCUUCCCUAGUGGUUUAUGUGUAAAUUUAAAGUGCUGGAAAAUUGGUAUUUUGUAAAUGUCAUGAUCCUAAUCCAAAUUUUAGUAAUCAGUCUGACCACAUAAGGUAUGUGCAUUAAUGAAAGUACGUGAGUGCAUGUGCAAACAGUUAAAUGAGUAUAUUUUUAUUGUGUGACAUAUUUGAAGACUAUUUUCAUCGGACAAACUGCAGAAAUUGCAGCUUGUGAAAUUUGUGUGUCCUAUUUCUGUAGUUGAACAGAGCAACAGAAUAGAUUAAGUUGAAUUGUCAAAUUGUUAUGAUAUCACUUCUGUUUUCAUGUGGCCUUUAACACUGAAUUACGAACGUGGUUGGAAUGGGGGAGGGGGGCUGCUUUGUUAAAUGAUGGAGCAGCAAAUUAAUUUUCUAGGUACUUCAUGAUACGUAAUAAGCAAUUGAAUUACAAUGUAAUUUAGAUUCUAAACAAAAUUUGGAAAUCCCACCCUUAACUCUUCAUGGCUGUUAGUGGUAAACGAAUUACGUAGGUGGCAAAUAAAUUACGGAGUAAUUUCAAAAGUGUUGCCCUGAUCAUGAGUUCUUAUAUCCAUAAAACUGACAUCAGAACAUGUCUUACAAAGUGUGGAGGUAACUGCAAAAGGGAUUUGAUGGAUUAAUUAGAGAAUAACAUCCUUCAGCUGGCUUCCACUUGGAAACUGACACUGCGUGAUAUGUGUAAGUUGCUACUUGAUAACCUGUAAAAAGUACCAAAAGAUAAUUUUAACAUAAUGGAUGAAUGAAAGUGGCUGGAAGUGUGUGUUUUGCCCUUUGUUGUGCAUAGAUCACAAUUAACUAGUGGAAAUAUUGUGGCAGAAUCUACCCAUGUCAAAUAAUCGCUAAGAGUAAAAGUGAACUGAUAGUUGUAAUCCGUAACUGAACCUGUUUGGUUUGGUAACCCAUAAUGGCAGCUACUAAUUAUUUUUUAACUGUUGAUCCAGUUACUAAAAAUGAACACUCUCAUAAUGAUACAUUAAUGUGGCUACUACCAGAAUCAAUGUAUCAGCAAUGAAUAUUUUUAAGUUGUAGAAUGUAAUGUUUUCUUAGAGAAAUUUGAAAGCAAUAAGCGAUUUCAGAAAAUCGGUACUAUUUAGCCACUGGAUGAAAGCUGUUCUGAGUAACUAAUCUGCUAGAAAGUUCUGCUAAUUCACCGGUCAAGAACAGAAUUCAAAUAAAAACAUAGAAUUUAAACUCUAGAUACUGUGAAUUGUGUGAUAGUGAGUGUCAGUUGCAAUAGUGGCUAGGGAAGACAUACUGUUAAUGACAUUCAGCGAAGAAAGAGUUUUUAAUGCAACAAGGGAGGUGGCAGUCUAAAAGAAGUUGCAAAUUAAGCAAAAAAAAAAAUAAGAUGAUGAAAUAGACAAAUUUAACUGUAUAGUAAGAAUUGGAAGAAGAAACAUAAGGAGUAAUAGCAUUUGAAAAAAAUAAGGAAUAAAUUAAAUAAAGCUAAAAAAAGUGAUUUGCAUAACAAAGAAAAGUUAGCAGUUGCCCAGUUGAUUGCUAACAAGAAGUCUAAUGCUGAGUCUACAGAGAAAGAACAUUAUUUGUUGGCUAUUUAAAAAGUUGUGCAGAACUGUUCCAUUGUUACCACUUGCUAAGUGUCCCAAGAGUACAGAAAUUCUUAUCCUCACAUCUAUACCAUACCAUCGCAAUUGCUAUUCCCCAAAUUCUCUUCCUUCUUGGCUCUAUCAUCUUUAAAAUGUCUGCCAUAUUCCCAUACACAAACUCCGUCAUUCAGUUCUCCCAGCUGUCAGUUCUCUCAACUCAUCAGAAUGAUCCACUUCCCAUAUUCCUUUGAUGCCAUUUACAUACUAGUUAAAAGUUACACUUUUCUUAACUCACAGUGUUUUCCAUUAAUCCUCAUUUGAUUCUUCCCAGGAACUCAGAUUGUUCUGUUGUUGCCAAGUUAUUUUCAAGGCCUAUGACCGACAAAUUUUAUUUAAUUUUUAUUCUGAAGUUUGUUCAUUGUUCAAUUAGUGCAUGUCAUCUCCUAAUAAUCUUGUCAUUUAUAAUUUAUCUACUUCACUUCGUCUUUUAUUUCAUUUCCCAAGAGAAUAUGCUAUAGUUUCAAUAAAAAUUAGGAAUAAAUUUUUGUGCAUCUUCAUUGUUGUUUGUUCAUACUCAUAAUUUCAUGUUAUUGGUAUUUUUAUUACAUGGAAAAAAAAAUAUGUUGCGGAACUGAUUAAUGUGCUGCUAUCACUACACACUAUCAUAAAGAUUGUUUUAUAUAUGGAGAUAUUAAAUUCCAGUAGUAAUGUGUUGGUUUUGAGAUUUUGAUAUCAGCUGUUAACAGUAUGAAAAAAUUUACUAAACUACAUUGGAUAUUAAUUGUUAUAAGGUACAUAUAGUCUACAUAUGUAUAGCACAUUUUUGUGGUUGUACAUGUGGUUCACCUGUUGUUGUCGUUGUGUGGAUAUCUUUGUUACAGUUCUUUUUACUAUGAUCACACAGACAGAGUUUUUUACUUAUAGCGUCUAUUUUUGAUGAUCUCACUGGAUAUUUAGAAUCUAAAUAUACAACAGGUGUGUUCAGGGACACUCCAGUCUUUGUAGGCAUACUAAAUAUUGUGAGAGUCCCACAUUUCAUCAUUCAAUUUCUUCGUAAUAAAGGUGGUGCUCAUCUGGUCCUGUGAUAGAUUGUUAAAUUUUCUAUUCAUGUUAUAAAUGUGCAAAAUAAUCAUACAAGUGGUAUACAUAAGUAAUGAUUAUUCAGAGUGAGCUGGAAUAGGCAGCUGAAUGUUUACGAUCUUCCAAAAAAAUUAUUCUUUCUGGCAAGAACAUUACAAGAAUCAGUUUGAAUUGAGUUCGAAGUGUGUGUGUGUGUGCUAUUGCUUUGUGAUAAAUGAAAAUACAGUGUAAUCUUUACUUGUAAAUUCUUCUUGUACAAAUUGCAGAGACUGUUUUUUCUUUUUAAAAAAAAUGAAAAAAUAUAAAUGCUGGAAAACGCAUAUUUGGAAAACACUUGAUGUUGUGCCUUGGAUAUGUGUUUUGAAUUUUAUAUGUGACUAAGAUCAGCGGAAAAAAGUUUUAGGGGAUAUCAAGUUACAGGCAGUACAGAACAAUUGAAAUAACAAUGUGACUGAUAAAUGGAAAAUAGUAUUCCCAGAUGGUGCACAGUGUAUUAUAAUUUCAUUUUUCUCAAGUUUAAAUUUAUUCUCAUAUGAAGGCAAGACAGCAGUCAGGUGCAGUGAUAAAUUCCAGAUAACACACUCCUCUAAGUUCUCCUAACAGUCAGUCACACAGUUAUGUCAAUAAUUCUGUAGAUUAAUUAUUAUUAAUUUGUAACAGCAUACCCUGUGUUAAAUGAUUUGGCAAUGUAGAUCGUUUAAGUAACAAAACUUAGAGCUUUUUAGGCAAUGUAUAUUUACCAGUAUAUUUGUCUAAGUGUGUGUCAACAGAUUAGAUACAAAAUUUGUUUACUGUUAAGACUGAGAGUUAGUUGUUGCAAUAUAUUUUUGAUGCUACAAAUUUUUACUAGAAUUUUCAUCUUCUUGUACAAUGAAAAAUAUUCAUUAUUUGUUGGCAUAUCAUGAGUUAUAUAUAUAAUGUAUUAAACAGGAAUGUAAUUGUUA